AUGGACUUUAUAGUCAAGGAGAACGUGAAGAAAAAACAGGAGCGGAGACAGAGGGUGGCAAAUCAGGCACCAUUCUCUGUAGGCCAAAAGGUCCUACGGAAAAACAUAAGGACCCAGCAAAGUAAAGGGGGCAAACUUGAGCGCAGCUGGUUGGGACCAUAUGAAAUUGUACACAUAAAAGACAAGAGAAGACAAGAGAUAAAUUGUACACAUAAAAGACCAGAGAAGGGUUACAUAUACCCCAAAAUCAGUACAGACCACCUAAAAUCCUUCAAAGAAGAGACAGCCCGGGUACCCCACAGAUUUAUUCUUGAUGAACCCCAACUUAAAACACCACAUGAAGACACUGGACAACACCCUUCACCUCUAGACCUCACCAUCACUAAAGAAAAGCAGCCCCCACCAUCACCUCCAUCCUCACCAAUGGCAUCAAAUCUUUCUCCCCACGUCUCCCCCAAAUCAUCCUCUUCCCUGUCUCCAUUGGAUUUAUCAAUGCCACUUUCCUCUCCUGUGUCCCACACUACAGUUGCAACAGUUACACCAGCUGAUGCCAAGGAUGCAGUACAUAGCUGUAUCAAAAGUGCCUGGGCUGGAAAUAACAGCCAUGUACUGGUGUCCAAAGUGGGACCCUAUAAACUAUUUUAUCCAGAUAUUUUACAGAUUGGCCCUGGGAAGGAGUUGGAGAGUGAGGUAAUAAAUGCGUAUCUGACACUGAAGGUGAGCCAGCACAACUUGACCUCACCAGAGAAAGCCUUCCAUAUGGACACAUUUGCUAUAACAGCCAUGUGGAAUGGAAAAUAUCGGGGACUCAAGGUGGACCCAGCAAACUAUGAGGUCAUAGUGGGCAUCGUAAAUGAGCGUCACCAUUGGUUUUUAGUUGUAAGAGUCUAUGAUUGA